AAACAAAGAAGACAAAAAGAAAAGAAAACAAAAACAGCAACAAAGGAAGUUCUAUUAUACGUGGUAACAGGAUUGAUCAGUUAUCUAGAACAAGGAUUAUUGGUGAAAGACAAACUGAAACUGAUAGAGAAAUACAAAUCAAAUCUCCAAUUUAAACUUGAUGUCCUGUCUGUGAUACCAACGGAUUUGCUAUAUAUCCAGUUGGGUUGGAACUAUCCAGAAAUCAGGUUAAACCGACUGUUGAGGAUCUCUCGUAUGUUUGAGUUCUUCCAGAGGACGGAAACCAGAACAAAUUAUCCAAACAUCUUCAGGAUUUCAAAUCUCGUCAUGUACAUUGUCAUCAUUAUUCACUGGAACGCAUGUGUGUACUACUCGAUUUCCAAAGCUAUUGGGUUUGGUAAUGACACAUGGGUUUACCCUGAUGUUAACGAUCCUGAGUUUGGUCGUUUGGCUAGGAAAUAUGUAUAUAGCCUUUAUUGGUCUACAUUGACUUUGACUACCAUCGGGGAAACACCUCCUCCUGUGCUAGACUCUGAGUAUAUCUUUGUGGUGGUGGAUUUCUUAAUCGGAGUUUUAAUUUUUGCCACCAUUGUCGGUAACAUAGGUUCUAUGAUUUCCAAUAUGAACGCCGCGAGGGCAGAAUUUCAAGCAAGAGUUGAUGCUAUCAAGCAGUACAUGAAUUUUCGCAAUGUAAGUAAAGAUAUGGAAAAGAGAGUCAUUAAGUGGUUUGACUACCUGUGGACCAACAAAAAAACAGUUGAUGAGAAAGAAGUCUUGAGAUAUCUCCCUGAUAAACUCAGGGCGGAGAUUGCCAUCAACGUUCACUUAGACACAUUAAAAAAGGUGCGCAUUUUUGCCGACUGUGAGGCUGGUUUAUUGGUGGAAUUGGUCUUGAAAUUACAACCCCAGGUCUAUAGUCCUGGAGAUUACAUAUGCAAGAAAGGGGAUAUUGGUCGAGAGAUGUACAUCAUCAAAGAAGGCAAACUUGCUGUGGUGGCUGAUGAUGGAAUUACUCAGUUUGUGGUGUUGAGUGACGGCAGCUAUUUCGGCGAGAUCAGCAUUCUUAACAUUAAAGGCAGCAAAGCAGGAAACCGAAGAACAGCCAAUAUUAAAAGUAUUGGCUACUCAGACCUGUUCUGUCUCUCAAAAGAUGACCUCAUGGAAGCUCUCACUGAAUACCCAGAUGCCAAAACCAUGCUUGAAGAGAAAGGGAGGCAGAUCUUAAUGAAAGACGGGCUGCUGGACGUAAACAUUGCGAACGCUGGCAGCGAUCCUAAAGAUCUGGAAGAGAAAGUCACUAAAAUGGAGGGGUCUGUAGACCUCUUGCAGACAAGAUUUGCCCGGAUUCUGGCUGAGUAUGAAUCAAUGCAGCAGAAACUGAAGCAAAGAUUAGCCAAGGUUGAGAAGUUUCUGAAACCGCUUAUUGACACUGAAUUUUCAUCUCUUGAGGAACCUGGAGGAGAAAGUGGGCCAACAGAAUCCACUUAGGACUGAAAAGCUUGU